UUUCAUUGAACGGAUGCGCAUGCCAUAAAGUCUCUCUGUUUUGUCAAAUGGAUUUAAGAAUAACACUGUGUUGAUCUUUAUAUUUUGAAGCAGGGAAAAUAUUUCAAAGAAAAAAAACAUUACAAUGGCAGAUGAAUUAUUCACCAAGAGACUUCCAAUUCUGUUUAAAUCGCCGGAUCGCGAGGACAGGCGAGAACAUGUCACAUUGAAGAUGGAACUACAGACAAUAUCCUCUCCUCUGCACAAAAAGGAGCUAGUGGUCAGACUCACAGAUGAGAGGGAUUUAUUCUUCUUGUACACACUGAAAUUGGGUGAAGAAGAUUUCCAAAGCCUGAAAACCCAACAGGGAUUAUUGGUGGACUUUGCCCAGUUCCCCCAGAAGUUCAUAGACCUAUUAGACAUGUGUCUAAGGGAAGAACACAAAGAAUUUCCCAAAUUCAUCCUUCAUUUUAUCUCCCAGGGUUCUUUGAAUGGAGAGCGUACAACCUGCACAUUGAAUGUAAUAGAAACAAACCCAUUCAAGCACCUGACUCACCUCAGUCUGAAAUUUAUACCUGGAACAGAUUCAGAUAUUAAGAAAUACCUGGCAGAUUGUUUGAAACAGUUUAAGGACACCAAUUCUUUACUGCAACAAAGACUAGAGCACACAGACACAAAUUUAAAUCAGAAACUUCAGCAGACAACAGAGGCAUUGAGCAGCAAGACCAUAGAACUUGACCAUCUAAAAGCAGAAUGGACGGCUAAAAUGAACGACUUGGCAGCCAAGCAUAAACAUGAAAUGGCAACAGAAAAGGAAAAGGCCAUUCAGAUGCAGGGCAGUUAUCAGCAGAGACAAGAAAGGGAAAGAAAAGACAUGGAGCAAGCUCACAUGAAGAUCGUCAAGCAGAUGGAGUCCAGACUGUAUGAGAUGGAGGGGGUCAAUAAGGAUUUAACAGACAGAAAAUACAAAUCAGAGUCCUCAAUCCGUGAACUCAAGUCCAAGCUCUCCACUCUGGAAGAGGAGCACAUGCGGGUCAAGCAGGAACUACAGGGACUGAGGAAACAGAACUCCUCCCUGGACGGGGAGUACCACGAGAAAGAGAAGCUCAUCCAUCAGCUGACCACCAGGGUCGCCGUCCUUGAGCAGGAGGUCAAGGACAAAGAGAUGGUCAUCAAUAAGUCCACUGAUCUGCUCAGUUCAGAGCAGGAAAGGAAGGUCCGACUGGAAGAAGAAUUAGAGUAUAAGCAGAAAGAGAAUUACAAACUGGAAAACAAAGUGAAAGCUAUGUCAGACGAACUUAUGAAAGGGAAUGAGAUCAUCAAAAAGCUCCAGGGGGAGAUUAAAAACUACCAUGCUAAGGUGAAACUAAGGAGUCAGAUCGCAAAUGAGCAAGAGAAGUUGCUGGGUGAAAAAGACCAGGAGCUAGAAAGGCUGCGACAGGAACUGGCCAGCACAAAGGACAGCCUGAGGCAGAAGGAAGACGAGAGCAAGAAGCUGUCAGAUAACUUGGAAACUACAGUUCAGAAAUUAGAAGAAAGUCGUCAACUGUUAAAAACUAAUGAAAAUGUUAUACAGUGGUUGAACAAACAGAUCACAGAGACCCAGUUAACACAGCAGAGAGUGGGAACAUUCGAGAACCCAGGAGCUACCUCAAACUUCAGACCCUCAAGUUCUGCACUGCAUAAUUACAGCACUUCCAGUUAUGGCUCUAUGAACUCCCACACUGAGGGACCAGGGUCAGGUGUCGGCAUCCCAAGGACAUACCCCAAUACUCACAGACAGCCCCAGGUUCAGUAUAACCCUGGACAGCCUCGACGGACGGGACUACCCCAGCCCAUGUCCAGGGCCUCACACCCACCUUCAAUCCCGGAAGAAUCCCGACCUAAAUCCUCACAGUCAUCAGCUAUCACAGGGCUCUCAGGGGGAGACAAAGAAAAUGACCCACCGCUUGAUCCCAAAUAUCUCCAGAAAAGAGAAGAGCCGAUACACCUUCGUGGGUUAGGAGGUCGCAUGGAGUCUCCCCCUAUCAUACAGACCUCGGCGUUCCCUCCUGUACAUGCCACCAGGGUGGGGCAGCACUCUAUGGCCCCCAAGACUGGUCAGCCUCCUCUAGCAUCAGCAUAUUUCCCUGGACAAAAAAUGUCAUGACAUCCAUAUGGAGGAAUUUUUAAAACAUUGUAUGGUUCAUCAUCCAGGGAGUUGUAAACUGCACACAACACUGCUGGCAAAGCACACUCCAGGGAGUAUUCCAGUUCCAGCUUCCCGAAUCCAAGUCCAUGAUCAAAGAUCCAGAAAUGGAAACACAUUUAAUCCCUGAUUAAAUUCUAUAUAUCAUGCUAUAGAAAAUCGCAAUAUACUACGUUUUUUUU